AUAGAAUGGUAAUAGUGGUCGAGGAUCUCGAGGCGUGCUAACACGCCUCACUCGCUAUAAAUAAAUAACAAUAAACCCACUCUGCUUCCAUCCAUCUUUUUCUUCUUACUCUAGACUCUUCCUUUUCUCUUCUCUGUCUAAGGGGUGCCCUGAGAUCACAUUGAACAAUGGUGAAGGCUGUGGCCGUUCUUGGCAGCAGUGAGGGUGUCACUGGAACUAUUCACUUCGUUCAGGAGGGAAGUGGUCCAACCACCGUAACUGGAUCUCUUGCUGGUCUUAAGCCUGGUCUCCAUGGUUUCCAUGUCCAUGCCUUGGGGGACACUACCAAUGGUUGCCUCUCAACUGGAUCACAUUUCAAUCCUAAUAACAAGGAGCAUGGUGCCCCUGAGGAUGAGAAUCGUCAUGCUGGUGAUCUUGGGAAUGUUAAUGUCGGUGAUGAUGGUACUGUCAGCUUCACUAUUACUGACAGCCAGAUUCCUCUCACUGGACCAAACAACAUCAUAGGAAGGGCGGUUGUUGUCCAUGCUGAUCCUGAUGAUCUUGGGAAAGGUGGUCAUGAGCUUAGCAAAACUACUGGAAAUGCUGGUGGCAGAGUAGCUUGUGGUAUCAUUGGUCUGCAAGGAUAAACUAAUCACAUGAAGUUGGAAACGUGCUUUAGAUUUGUGGAAUAAAGUAGCACCCAUUUAAACCCGUUUGGUUAGGUCCGGUCUGUACUGCUGAAUUCUGUGUUUUGCUUGUAUUGUAUCGACACUUGAUGCUUAAUCAAAUUGUUACAUUGCUUGAAGUAUGUGUUGGUGGUUAUCCUUAUUUCUUGUAUCAAUUUGUGCUUGAAGUAUGAUGAUACUCGAGAAAUGUGAGAUUUUCAAUUGGAAAAUAAUGACAUGGAAUGGAAUACAA